AUGGCCUCUCCUGGUUCAUCCGAUUCUUCUUCUUCCAAAUCACCACCAGUUGCGAUGAUUUCGACGACAAAUUGUGAAAUUUGUGGACAGCAAGCACAUGGAAAUCAUUAUGGAGCUCUCAGUUGUAGAGCAUGUGCAGCGUUUUUUCGAAGAUACGGAGUAUCAAAUGACGUGAAGUCAUGCAAGAAAAAUGGCACAUGUGUUGUUCUGAAGAAAGGAUGGUUCAAUUGUAAAAAGUGUCGACUAAAAAAAUGUUGGGAGAAAGGGAUGAAAAUUGAUAGCUUUCAAUUCGGGAGAGAUCCAGAAAAAGUAACAAAAGCUCUAGUGGAGUUUAUCGGAAACGUUCCACCCUCUAUGGAUACAUUUCUUGGUCGACCGAACUAUAUUAUUUAUUGUGCACCAUCUGCUGAGCAAUUAGACAACGCACCUCCUAGAGUUAUCAUAGACGUCCAAUUCCUGAUUGAUAAAGCGGAAGAGGUUUUGUUAAAGGGAUUAGCAUCGCCAAUUUUUGCUCUGAACCCUUUGGAAAAACUAGCUUUUGGUCUACAACAGAUUCGGAGAAACGUAAGAAAGCAAACAAAGAUAAUAACAAAAAUAGGGAAAGAGGAGGCGUUUGCAUUGUUUGAAGACGAAAUGUUGAAGGCUGCAGAGUGGUUGACUUAUUAUGAUGACUUCAGCAAUCUUCCUCAUCAAGUACAGUUAGCAAUGCUAAAAGGUAUUUGGAAAGCUUGGACUCGUUUAGACAAACUUGAUAUAACAGCGAAGGGAAGGAAACAAAAUAUGUGUGGAAGCCAGCAGAUAAUGGCUCAUUUAAACAAGCAUCGGGUGUUGUGUGACCUCAGAAAAAUGAAAAUUGAUGUAUCGUGGUGUUCGAGAUAUACGGUGGAGCAGUUACAGUUUUUCUCUCAAAAAGAAACUGCUGAUCGUUCAGAAGAGUCCAUUCAGUUAAUGCUUGAGCUACAACCAACAGAUGUGGAAUUAGCUUUCAUGAUGUGUCAACUGAGUUUUCAAUACGUUGGGAAAAGAUUCCAGGGGGUCAUACUGGAAGUGUCUGACCGAUUUCUUGAAUCAAUCUCCAAUCAUUUGCAUGACUAUUACGUCAAUGAUCUCAAUAUGCCACAAUACUCGAAACGACUUGUUAAAAUGAUGAAAAUCAAUAAUCACAUUCAGCAAGAUAUCCUAUAUGAGAGGGAGAAGAUUCAGCUAUUGAAAGUGUUCGAUGUGUAUUAUGCGGAUUAUUCCCACUCGGAAGUUUUCAGAGAUAUUUGA